AUGAAAUUGUCCGUUCUUCUGCUCGUUUCGGGCAGCGCCAUCGCCCUGGGCGACUGGUUUGGCAAUGCUGCAUACAACAAAUGGCACGAGACUGAGCUCGAGCGAUGGCUCUCCGACAACAACAUCCCCUACCCCACCCCCGCCGAUCGCAAGGAUCUCGAGAACCUCGUCAAAACCAACUGGGAAGACUAUGUCGCCAAGCCCUACAGCAAGUGGGAUGCGCCGCAGCUCUCCAGCUACCUGACUUCGCAAGGAAAGGAAAUCAAGAAGGGCACGGAGAAGGACGUUAAGAGCCUUGCCGGCCAGGUUCAGAGUGCCUGGUACGAGACUGCCGACCAGGCCAACGAUGCUUACAACAGCGUGCAAGAUUGGUUCUUUGAUACCUGGACCGAAUCUCAGCUCAAGUCCUUCCUCGAUCACCAUGGCAUCCCCAACCCCUCCCCGCGCACCCGCGACUCCCUCCUGUCCACCGCUCGCUCCAACUACCAGUCCAUCGCUAACAAGGCCGGUGAGACAUUCAACUACCCUGGCGACUGGCUCUUUUCCUCCUGGUCCGAGUCGGACUUGAAGGCCUGGCUCGACGAGCGCGGCAUUCCCGCCCCGCAGCCCACCAGCCGCGACAAGCUCAUCGCUUCCCUCCGCCGCAACUCUCGCGUUGCUGCCAAUGAAGCCUCCAAAUAUGCCGCAUCCGCCUCCCAAUCCGCUUCCUCCGCCCAACAAUACCUUUCCGACCAGCUUCUCGACACCUGGAGCGAGAGCCAAGUCAAGGAGUGGUUGGACAAGCAAGGCGUCAAAGUGCCCCAGGGCAGCAAGAUGAACGAGCUCCGCGCCCUCGCCCGCAAGCACUCCGCCCAGCUCACUGCCUCUGGCGCGUCCGCCUACGGUGCCGCCACCUCCUCCGCCGGCAACUUCGUCGCUCAAGCCACCAACGACGUCUGGGCGCAGGGCCGCUACUACUACGACUACCUCCUCAACCAGUUCGGUCUGGCGUCCGAGGAGGCCAAGUCCAGCAUCAGCUCUGCGGCGUCCGUCGCGAGUGUUUCGGCCUCGAACUCUCUGUCCAGCCUCGGUUCCCAGGCCGCCAAAUCGGCUCCUAGCGCCGCUUCUGAAGCUUCCAGGUCCCUGUCCAGCCUUAGCUCCAGCUUGAGUUCUCUGGCAUCCAAGUCUGGCCCCAGUGUCGCGUCCGAGGCCUCCAGCUCCCUGUCAAGCCUCAGCUCCAGCCUUAGCUCGCUGGCGUCCAAGUCGGGUCCCAGCGCCGCCUCCGAAGCCUCCAAGUCUCUGUCCAGCGUCUACUCUAGCCUCAGCUCGCUGGCGUCCAAGUCCGGCCCUAGCGUCGCAUCCGAAGCGUCCAAGUCUCUCUCAAGCCUCAGUUCCGGCCUCAGCUCUCUGGCCUCCAAGUCGGGUCCUGCUGUCGCCUCCGAGGCGUCCAAGUCCCUAUCUAGCCUCAGCUCCAGCCUCAGCUCGCUGGCGUCGAAAUCAGGUCCCAGCGCCGCCUCCGAAGCAUCCAAGUCGCUGUCCAGCGUCUACUCCACCCUCAGCUCUUUGGCAUCCAAGUCUGGUCCUAGUGCCGCUUCCGAAGCCUCCAAGUCGGCUUCCAGCCUCAGCUCCAGCCUCAGCUCGCUGGCAUCCAAGUCCGGCCCUAGCGCCGCCUCCGUGGCGUCCAAGUCUGCUGCCAGCGCCGCUUCCAUCGCGUCCAAGAGCGCGGCGAGCGCUGCCUCUGUGGCGUCCAAGUCGGCUGCCAGUGUGAGGAAUGAGUUGUGA